AUGCUCCCAACAACAGUCACAGCCCUGCUAUUCGGAUUCUCACAGCUCAACAACGUCCUUGCCAUCUCGCAGUAUACGGCGCUUCACGAACCCAACUUCGAUCUCUAUGGAACAUCGCCAGCUCCAACUCCAGGACCCAGACUGCUCGAGCUAAAAGGGCGAAAUCCUGGUGACCUCCAAAAGCGACAAUCCAGUCUGUUGACCAAGACAUGCGGUUACUUCGACGGUGUCCUGUCAGACCCGUUCACAUGCGAUGAUGACGAUGGCGGAGACUAUGCUUGUGCCUACAACAACGACAAGAACUACUUCGGAUGCUGUUCUGUCUCAGCUGGACAGUUUGUACUGUCAGAUUGUCCGAACGUGAACAAUCCAUACACGGGUUGCUAUCCAUACGAAAGCGCCUCGGCCUGUACUGGAGCAUGCUACUACCAAAAUCGUGUGUGCGGUUCGGUCUACCCCUUCUGCGGGAUCAAUCUCAUGAGAACUGGCUCAGCGACCUACACAGCCUAUUAUUGCAACAGCGUUCAAGCCGGCGCUACCUACACCGUACUCGCAAGCUGGACAACGACCGACUAUCCAAGCAGUACCACGUCAACCCGCACUACCACCAGGACAGUAACCUCCACUACACGGACCACCACGACACCAUCCUCGAUUCGUUCGACAACACCAACAACGACAGCAACAACGAGCCUGUCGUCGCCCGACACGAACAACCAGGUAGUGACGUCCACACCUAGGACGCCUUCCGCUACAGCACCGCCAGUCAGUGCCACCUCGGGCACGGUACAAAUAGACGACAACAACGGCGGCACAAACGUCGGCGCCAUUGCUGGUGGUGUAGUCGGUGGUGUUUUAGGUCUCGCUCUGAUAAUCGGAGGCAUCGUCUACUACUUACAUAGGAAGAAGGUAGCGGAGCGAAAGGAGGCGAGAAUGGAGAUUAGUCAGGUUCAGUGA